UUCUCAUCGGCCGCGUGCGUGUCGCCACGCCCACCUCGGCGGUCUGCAGAAAAGGGAGCCGCUUAUCUGGGCCGAGCACACUCUCCUCUCCAGCGCACGAGCCGCAGCUGCACGCUCCGGGAACGCACGAGACAUGAGCAUGAAGCUGGCAUACUGGAACAUUCGCGGGUUGGCCCAACCCAUCCGCCUCCUGCUGGAAUACACUGGCACCCAGUACGAGGAGAAGUUCUAUGUGUGUGGCGAAGCUCCAGACUACGACAAGAGCUGCUGGUUUUCCGUAAAAGAGAAACUCGGGUUGGAAUUCCCUAAUCUGCCAUACUUGGAGGAUGGGAAUAGGAAGAUCGUGCAGAGCAAUGCCAUCCUCAGAUACAUUGCCCGUAAACACAAUUUGUGUGGAGAGACCGAGGAUGAGAAGGUCCGCGUGGACAUCAUGGAGAACCAGGCGAUGGAUUUUAGGAACGGCUUUGUGAUCAUGUGUUACACUGACCUUGACAAGAUGAAGCCAGGGUACCUGGAGAAGCUGCCAGGUGUCCUUAAGCAGUUCUCAACUUUCAUGGGAAACAGGAAGUGGUUUGCUGGUGACAAGAUCACUUUUGUGGACUUCGUCAUGUACGAGCUGUUGGAUCAGCACAGGAUGUUUCACCCUACGUGCCUGGAUGACUUCAAGAACCUCAAAGACUUCCUGAGUCGCUUCGAGGGUCUGGAGAAGAUUGCUGCCUACAUGAAGUCCAGCAGAUUUAUCAAGACUCCAGUCAACAACAAGAUGGCCAAAUGGGGAAACAAGUAAUAGCAAAGAGAAGUAUGCAGCGGUGCCUUAGAGGAUCAAACACUCAACAAAUAACUCCGUAGUCAUAAAUUCAGAUUAGCCCAUUUUUUUCACGUUCAGACCCGUUGAUGAUAUUCCAUCACUUUUUGUAAAAAAAAAAAAAAAAAAAAAAAGCUUCACUGAGGAAACUUUAAUUUGGCUUAAAGCACUUAAUUUUGUUUUUACAUUUGAACAAGAUUUUGACUAAAGUAAUUCUAAUCUGAA